CACCUGCUCCUGGUGCACCUGAGCUGCCCUCACCUAGUGCACUGGACCUACAAAGAAGGAGAGCUGGAUGAAGAGCACUGGGGAAAGCACUUUGCAGACUGUGCCGGCAAGCACCAAUCUCCAAUUGACAUCCAGAGGAAAAAAGUGAGGUACAACCCCCAGUUGCUGCCGCUGGAGCUGAGCGGUUACGACGAGCCUUCGCAGGGGGAUUUCACCAUGACCAACAACGGCCACUCUGUUCAGAUCGAUUUGCCACCCACCAUGCACAUCUCCAGAGGGCUCCCAAGCCUCUACACAGCUGUACAGAUGCAUCUGCACUGGGGUGGCCUGGACCUGGAGACCAGCGGCUCGGAACACACCAUAGAUGGGAUGAGAUACUUCGCGGAGCUGCACAUUGUCCAUUACAACUCAGCGGACUACCCAAGCUUUGAAGAAGCCAAAGACAAACCAAACGGAUUGGCUGUGCUUGCCUUCCUGUACGCGGACGGGCACUUUGAGAAUACCUACUACAGUGAAUUCAUUUCCAAACUGGCAAAAAUCAGGUUUGCAGGUCAAUCAACAAAGCUCACUUCUCUCGAUGUCCAAGCCAUGCUGCCAGACAACCUCUCACACUUCUACAGGUACCAGGGCUCACUAACAACCCCACCUUGCUCCGAGAGCGUGAUCUGGACCAUCUUUCAUGUUCCGAUUGUCCUGUCACACACACAGAUCAGCCUCCUGGAGAACACCUUGCUGGACUGGCACAACAGGACACUACGCAACGACUACCGGCACGCUCAGCUCCUCAACGGGCGGGUGGUGGAGUCCUCCUUCAGAGCCAAACUCACCCAAGAACAAUGCCAUCCAGAAGAAUUCAACCUCCGACUGGAACAAAUCCAGAUGCAGCUCCAAGACAUGAAGAAAGACUUGCUGAAUGGAGUGAGCCAUGCUUUAGGCUUAUUUAUAGGCACAGCAGGAAACACAACAGCUGACUUUUUGGUUAUUUCAGGUAUUAAAUCCAGCACUUUUCCAGCUUUCUACUUCCCAGUGGAAAACAUUGAGAGUUUUGUGACCGUUCAGCCCCUCCGUGACAUGUCUCUCCAAGCCUUCACGUUGUGUUUCUGGGCAAAAGCUCAACAUGCUGGCAGUCAGACUGUUCUUUCCUACUCCACACAGGAGAGGGAUAACGAGCUAGUGGUGACUGUGGGCACAGAUGUGGGAUUGUGGAUAGGAGGCCAUUCCAUCAGCUUCCCCCUGUACUACAAGGCACAAGAUUGGUUGCACUACUGCAUGGCAUGGGCUUCCCACUCUGGAAUGGCGAAUUUAUGGCUCAAUGGAGCAGCUGGUAAAGCAGAGAGUAUCCAGAAGGGGUACGUGAGCCAGGCUGGAGGGACACUUGUCCUUGGGAAAGAUAGAGACACUCUUCUUGGGACAUUCUCCAAUGGUUUUGCAGGGUGGAUGACUCAUGUGAACCUGUGGAGCCAAGUUCUCAGUCCUGCAGAUGUUCGGGCACUUGCACUGUGCAAACCAGGGCAACUGAAGGGAGAUGUUGUAGCAUGGGGAGAAACCUCCAUGACCCUCCUGGGAGGGGUGGUUCUGGAGUCUGACACCAGCUGUCAGUGA